GGUCGCUGUGGAUCGUUGUUAGUUCUUGAGAGCAGCAGUAGUGUGUGUAUGGAGACCGCGCUCGAGCAAACUCCUGCGGUCGAUAGAUCGGGAUGAGCACAGGAAUCCGACGAUCCAGCAGUCCUACUCGAAUAAAGGACUAUUGUAUUUAAGAGAAUGAGAAUAAGAAGACUUAAGAGGCUUGAUCACUCUGUUCAUCUCACUGGCUAGGUGGCUAACUGCUUGAUCUCCUAAUGGAAAGACCAUCUGAGUUUGUCUGAUGUGAGUGCUGGUUACAAUGCUUCUCGUAUUUCUUUUAUCGGAGCGUCUGACGCAUAAUAAAGUAACAUCAUGAAUGCAGCGCGAGCGCUCCAGCCUGAAGAGUAACUGACCCGGAGAAACACAAGCCGAGACCGAGUGAACUAACUCUCGCAGGCCAACUUUAAUGUGCAUCUACAAAGCAUGCUACAGAACCAGGGCUGUGAGGUUGUCUUAGCCCAGCGAGCACCCUGCAAGGGAUGACUCUGCCAGUUUUUUCCCCUUUGGGAACUUCAGGUAAUGAGUCAGCAUCAGUGAUGGAGAUCCAUUGAGUCCUGUCCCUGAUUCUACACUGCCCUUUCCCCCUUUACCCCUGCCCUGCCUGGCAAGUGCACGAACAUGCUGCGCUUCCUCCCUCUCAAACUCGGCCGUUUGUACCGGUGUUUGAAGCUUCUAUUCAUCGUGGGCCUCUUUGUUAUCUUGCUGAUGAACACGCAGAACCUCUUUGCCUCUUUCCAAAAGAACGAACUUACAGACCGACGAUUCAUCAAUCUCAACAAGUGCCCGGCCUGCUUUGGCACUAGUUGGUGUCGUAAAUUUAUGAAUGGACAAAUAUCCUUUGAGACUUGGGGUCGCCUUCGCUUCCUUGAUGUCUUCAAUGUGAAAAACGUGUUCUUCGCCCAAUACGGGGAGCCUCGUGAGGGUACACGGAGGAUCGUACUCAAGCGAUUGGGGUCUAAUCAAGAGCUUUCUGAUAUUGACCAGAAGAUUUGCAAGCGGGCAACAGGGCGUCCUCGUUGUGAUCUCAUCCAGGCCAUGUACAAGACAGAGUUUGCUCGACUCAAUGGGGAUGUCAGACUCUUAACUCCAGACGUUGUUGAAGGCUGGUCAGACCUUGUUCAUUGUCCGUCCCAAAGACUGCUGGACAGAAUAGUCAGGAGAUACGCAGAGACAAAGGACUCUGGAAGCUUCCUGCUCAAGAACCUCAAAGAUACGGAAAGGAUGCAGCUCUUGAUGACAUUGGCUUUCAAUCCAGAGCCCCUAGUGCUGCAGAGUUUCCCAUCAGAUGAAGGCUGGCCAUUCGCGAAGUACCUGGGCGCUUGUGGACGGAUGGUUGCAGUGAACUACGUGGGUGAGGAGCUUUGGAGUUUCUUCAAUGCUCCUUGGGAGAAGAGAGUAGAUCUGGCCAAGCAACUGAUGGACAUUGCAGAGCAGCUAACCAACAAUGACUUCGACUUUGCUCUGUACCUGCUGGACGUCAGUUUCGAUAACUUUGCCGUGGGCCAGCGGGAUGGGAAAGUCAUCGUGGUGGAUGCAGAGAAUGUGGUUGUGGCCGACAAGAAGUUGAUCAAACAAAAUAAACCCGAGAACUACGACGUCUGGUACGAGAGCAAGUUUGAGGAAUGUGACAAGGAAGCCUGCCUUUCCUUCUCCAAAGACAUGUUGUGUUCGCGGGUCACAGUGGACCACAACUAUUACGCUGUCUGUCAGAACCUUCUAUCGCGAUAUGCGACAUGGCGGGGCAGCUCUGGUGGGCUCCUUCAUGACCCCCCACCACACAUAGCCAAAGACGGCCAGCUUGAAGCUCUGUUGGAUGAGUGCGCCAACCCCAAAAAGCGGUACAGCCGCUUCCAGGCAGCUAAAGAACUGCGCGAGUACCUAACCCAGCUCAGUGGCACCUCGAGGUAAUGACAGGUCACACCUGUCAGUGCUCAACCUCCGCCCAUCACUUUCUGAUGAUAUCAGCGGGGUUUGGCGAUUCCUAUUGGACUCGAUAAAGAGAGAGAGAAUUGUGGGUGUCCAUGUCUUGAAGUUUUGACGUCGGGGCAAAAGGAAGCUUUGGUCUUCUGUAACUCUAUUUCAGACCAAUCGUUCAUCACUUCUGUGUAUAUUUUGUUUUGUUUACAUUAAUCUUUAAAUUAUUGAAGAGUAUUAGGUUUAAUUUGCAAUAAAAGCUGCAGGUCUGCUAUUAUUGUUAAGACAGAAACAUACUUUACACAAGUACUUAGACUUGAACGCUUUUGCCAAUGCAUUGCAAUUAGAUGUUAUUAUUCAGGUAGCUAGCAAUAAACUAUGGCAGGCCAAACGGACGUUUAAUCAUGUGCUGGAGAUUAAUUAUAUAUAAUUAAGUUUUCACUAGUUAAAAUGCUAAUUAUUGCAUUUUUACUUGUUGAAUUUUACAAUGAUUUCUAAUGCACUCCUGUUCAAAAUGCAAUUACAGAUAUCUACAAUGAAUUUCUUACUAGAGAAUUCAUAUGAGCUAUUGUAUGUUCUUACUAGUAAAAAUAGUUUAAAACAAUAAUAGUGUUAAAACUAAAAUUGAUUUUAACAUGGUAGAUUUGGCAUUUCAGAUAACUGGAAAUGUAUUUCAGACAUCAAUAAAUUGGAGAGUAAUUGAAGAUAUUGUAAAAGGCUUGCUUACUAGUUUCAAUAAUAUUGUACAUAUCCAAAAUUAAUAUUACCACUAGUAAAAAAAACUAAUUAGCAAUUUUUACUAGUUGUAAUUCAGUUGUUAAUAUCAGAAAUGGACAUUUGCAUUAUUAACAAUUAAAAGUUAAAAUUGUUUAAUAGUGAGAAGUACAUAGCUUAUAUGUGUUUUUGGAAUUUUAACUAUUCAAAUAAAUUCAUUAUAGAUAUCAGAAACUGCAUUUUGAACAGAAGUGAAGAACUGAAAAUGCUGUUUCAGACAUCAAAACUUAAGUUUGUUACUAGUUGAAAUUCCAUGUUUUUAAGAAUGUGUAUUUCUUUCAAGUAAUAACAUCAUUUUUAUAUCAAGAAUUAAAAUUCGUACUAGUGCAAACCUUAACUAAUGAAACUGUAAUUAUAGAUACUUGAAUAUAAUUCAUAUCCUGCAUGUGAUUAAAUGUCAAAAGGACUUUAUUAAUGUCUAUAGUUUAAAGCUGAAGAGUGUAAUUUCUUCACCACCAUCGUCACCAAACCCAAAUGCAACAAAUUUUAGGGAAAAAAAAUAAAUAAAUCAACCUAAGUGUUUUUUUUUUUUAAUGUUGUCACUACAUAUUAAGCUGGGAUAGAAGGAAAUAUUUAAUAAUGAAAAGGUUGCAUAUAUCUGCUUUAAUUAAUUUUAACUACCCUACUCCGCAAGAUUCUGUUCAAACUGUUGCUCCGCCAUGACAGUAGUUCAACUGAAAGAGAAAAUGAAUCAUAGAAUGAGACCGUUUACGCCAAUGACUACUAUAGCACCCCUUGUGACAAUGUUGAGAAUGCAACACAUACUUUCUAAACACGUGUUACCUCAUCAAUUGCGAUCUGACACAUUUCAUAGUGUAACAGCUCCCAGAAUCAAGCUUAAGUUGCUAGAAGUGUCAAGGUUCAUGUACUUGCGCAAGUAUGUUUUCGGCUUUAACAUCCUGCAGUUUACUCUGAGUUUAAUUGCAAUUGUUGACACUCAGAAAGGCAGCUGGGAAUGUUAGUUCACAGAGCGACUACAGUGAUCCCAAAAAGUAUUUGGACACUUAAGCCACACCUAUAAAAAUCAAUAUAGUUGGUACGCAAAUAUCAAACCGUAAGUCAUCUACAAACAAAUUAUGCUAGAAGUUUUCUCAGAACUUACAUUUCUUUGCCAUUUUUGCAACUGUAAUAGUUCCCAAGGUUUAGAGAAGUUUUGUGGAUGUUAGUGGAUGCAUGAAGUCAACGUUCAUCACAUGAUCUAUGGACACGUUCCACUCAUAUUUGACAGCCAGGUAAUAUCUUUUGGUCUUUGUUUAAUGGAAUGUGUAGUGUUUUAUGAUUCAAAACCCAAUGAAGUUCUUUUUUGUGAAAUGUUUUGAUUAAAUAGUGUGCUUGUUCAAAUACUUGUUCGGGCCACUGUAUGUCUCAAACUUGUUAGAGAGUGUCUUUGCCUAAUCGUUUUACUUGCAUUCCAGAAAGAAUAUGUUUGGCAUAGUGUAAUUUUGAAAUGCAAAAGAGGAUUUCAAAAUCUGUACAUAAUUAGAGGAGAUUGGAGGGGAAAUGAGUUGAAAUUGCUUUGCAUAUACCAAAGAGUCUGGUUCUAUGUAACUCAAACCUCUUGAUUAAAGGGGCAGAGCUUCUCCAGUAAAAUUGAGCAUUUUCAACCAAUCAAAUUUACCCUAGAGCAACUUCAUAAAUGCAUUGAGACAUGUUGCAAACAUUUGUGUUUGUAUUAAUCAAGAAAAAGUCCACUGAGGUCCACAAUGAAUACAAAUUAUGUAUCGCUAUUAAAUCAGAGGCCCAAGCCUCUAAUUGGCAAUUAACUAUAAAUUAUCGACCGGCACAGGAUGUGUUGUAGCACUAUGAAACUCCACAACCUGGGAAUGUGCAUCCACGCAGGAUAAAAAAAAAAAGAGACUUUCUAUCUUUAAAAUCCAUCUUAACAUUUUAAUUUCACAGCUCUGCAAUUGAAUUAAUCAAUAUGUAUUUCAAUGUCUCUAACACUUAAGAUCAUUUAACUUUGAGCCAUUCUUUCCCUCCCUUGGUUUGAUUUUGCACUUGGUGGACCGAUGAAGUAGUAUGCUAAUGAGUAUAUGUUAGAUAAUGAAGUGUGCGAGUGUUUGACUGACAACAUCACUUCGUUGAGCAUGAAAGUUUGAAAGCUAGCUAAUUGCUUUCAAUUUAUUUGUUCUGCCAAAUCAAAUGACUAAAAUAAAUUCAGAUUUUAAUCUUUGUAUUUUCAUGUUUGGGUUCUGGCCAUGCAGGCCCACAGUAGUCAAAGCAAUAAUUGUUGAUCACACCAUUAUCUCUGAAAAUAUCCUGCUCUUGUCAAAUCUUUACCUGUGGUUGGAUGGCCUUGCUUUGGGUGUUGGCACGUGAGGGAUAUUUUGCGUGCAUAAAUAACUGUCUGCUUUUGUACUGUAAGUAUAUUUCUGUUGUGUAUUUAAUCAGCUGUGUCUGAUUUUACUGUGCCUUUCAUUCAGAAGUUGUAUUUACAACUUUUUAGUCUGUUUAAAUCUCAAAUAAAUGAAUAUAUAUAUAUAUCUAUAUAUGUAUAGAUAUAUAUAUACACACUUUGUGUCCAUUGUCUGUUUUAUUUUUGCUGCUACUGGCAGCAUUAAUGAUUAGAAUUGACUCUGAAUCGCCUCAUUUCUAAGAUCAACUUCCUUAAGGUAACACUUUAAAAGGUCCCAUUCGUUAAACACAGGGAUGGGGAGUAACGGAAUACAUGUAAUGGGAUUACGUAUUUAAAAUACAAAAUAUAAGUAACUGUAUUCCACUACAGUUACAAUUUAAAUCAUUGGUAAUUAGAUUAGUUACAUUCAAAAAGUAUUUUGAUUACUGAAGAGAUUACUUUGCUUUUUAUUGUCAUUUGUUUCAUUUAAUAUUUAGUUCUUUCAGAUGGAAAACAUUUAUACAUAUAAAUGAUGUGAUCCAAAGUGCAUUUGAACAGCGGUGAAACACUUUCUUAUGAUGUGUUACAUUCAUACGAGCAGACAGAGAAGUAAGUUUGAAGUAAGUUUGGAGCAGAAGAAAUAGAAAUAAACCUUGUGUAAAUUGUUAGCUUUAUGCUAAGCUAAAAUGUUAUUUCUAGCCAUUUUACAUGCACAUGUGACCAGACACCAUCAUAUUUAUUAUCAAGAAAAUUUACUUUAGAUCAUAAUUUCUUUAAGACCUUUGAUAAUACAAAAAUUGUAUUCUUGUCAAUACAUUUUGCAUUGUUUUCCUGUAAAAAUAUCUAAAAAUCAGUUUGAUUGAUCUUGUUUUAGAAACAACACUGAAUAAGAUAUUUGAGUUUUUCAGAGAAUGUAUUUUUAACAUGUGUAUUUUGUCUUACUGUACUGACAGAGUUUUUAUAGUCAAAUGCAAGAGAAGAAAUUCAAAGUAUUUAGAAUAUGUUACUGAUCUUGAGUAAUCUAACAGCAUACGUUACAAAUUAAAUUUUACAGCAUGUAUUCUGUAAUCUGUAGUGGAAUACAUUUCAAAUGUAACCCUCCCAACCCUGGUUAAACAUUAGUUAAUGCAUUGGGUAUAAUGAACAAA